CCGCCUCCCUACGCCGAUCCGUCCCUCGCGCUGCGUCUCUCUCGCUGCGUCCUUCCGUAGUCUCCUCCAGCAAUCAACGCGUCCUCGCCUUACCAUGCCGAUCUAGCCCCGGCUCUCCAUGGAAGGUGUGACCUCUGCACCCAACUCUCCAGGGAAGGCGCGGUCUACUCUCUAUGGCCUCCCGCAAUCAACGGUCUCUUGCCCCACCGCGAUGACCUUGCCCUGGCUCCCCAUGGAAGGCCGUGGAAGGUGCGACCGAGCCCCAGCUCAACAUGGAAGGCGCGAUCCACUCUCCUCGCCCCAUCAUCGGCGUCCACUAUCCAUUGAAGAGUCCCGCCUUCCCAGUCCCCCUUCCCCACAGAUGGCCGGCGAACCCAUCGCCACCGUGCCAUCGGGGCCUGAAUCCGUGGCCGAGGCCGACCGCCUCCUGGCACUGGCCGAGUCGGAGCUCUCCACGGGCAGGCACGCCCUUCGCGCCCAGGUACGCCCUCCGCGCCACCCGCCUGUACCCGACCUCCCCGCGCGCCCUAGUGGUGUCCACCGCCGCCAACGUGCUCCUCGCCGACGCCUCCUCCCACCACGCUGCGCUGCUGCUGCCCGAGCCCGACGACCCCGAUGCCUCGCCGCUCUCCGUCUCCGAGCUCUGCCGCCACUUCAAGUCGCUCAUCAAGUCCCUCCGCGUCGGCCUCGACGCCACCACCGCAGACGCCUACCCCUCCGUUGCUGCCGCCGCCGAGGAGGCACUCGGUCGCGCCACCAAGGCCUACGAGGCGCUCACCGCUCCUGCCCCUGGGACCUUCUGGACCGCCUGCUGCGAUUUCGGUUUCAGCUCUGGAAAUUGCUGAUCAAUUAAUUAUGGGGGGAAGCGUCUCUACUUCCUUCUCGGUUGGUCAAGGUAUCCCCUUCCUGUGUCCUCUCUCCUCUAUGUAGAUGGCGAAUUUGUGGAGUCCGAAUAAUCUGAAUGUUCUCGCAUUCUUUACAUAAUCCCUUGCCAAUUUAUGGCAAGUUUUAUUUGCUCCAUUUGUUUUAUGGUAUGAUGAUCUGGAUCUGAUGAGCCCAUUCAAAUUCUUUUGCCGAGCCGCCGUCCCUCUUUUUCUACUGUUUGUUUGUGCAUCGGAAUUGCUGGAUCUAUACCAAAAUCUGAAAAGUGUAGGCCAUACAGAGAAUUAAGAAGUUGUCUUGACCUCACUGGACCUAGAGACUACUCAUCACCAGAGGAAAUGGUAUUAUGCUCUGAUAAUAUAUUCUUAAGGAUUAACCAUGUUAUUUUCUUUUUUCUAAUUGUGCUAUUACAUUUAGGUACAAUGACUAACAUCAGCUUCUACUGUACUAAGGAGGGUGUUGGAUAAUGCAGCAUCUUCUAUACCUUUUAAACUGGAUGCAUUUCCUCCCUUUUCAGUAUGAAUCACCAAAAGUGCUGACAAAGGAAUGCCCCAACCCUGAUGAGGAUGACCAUUGAUUUGUUGUUUUGACAGGUAAUGCAGAUUACAAAUUCUUGCUACCCAAGUGCUCAUUUUCUAACAUAUUGCACCUCUGUACAAUUUUAAUUUUAAUUUUUUAUCAUUCUUUUAUUUGUACCUUGUCAAACUUGGAUAGAAAGUAUAGAUGUCAUUCUUAAGUAAUAGCCAAGACUUUCAUGUAGAUUGCAACGCAUCUGCUGCUUGAUGGAGGCCGCUAAUUCUUCAUGCCCAAGUUUCCCUGAUCUUGCACCUUUCUUUUCUCGUAGAUUGUCGCCACUUGCUGGGACUAAGCCGGCGACGCGCCGUGGAGGCGAGAAGGCGAUGAAGUGGAAGGCAACAAACUCCAAAUAGGUGGUGUGGCAGAGCACGAAGAAGACUCUGGUGAAGGAGCCCCACAGGUAUGUGGUUUCCAUCGUCAUCGCAAUGUGUAUUGUCGGCGCGUUCGCGCAGGCCACGGCGUUGCAGAACACAGGAGCCUUCCAGAACUCUGAAAGGUGCCUGUCACCGUGCACACUGAGAUAAGGGGAAUAUCUGUGUUAGCCGCAUGCCCACCUGCACACAUACUUAAAU